AACGAAUGGCUUUCUUCUUUAACUUUGUCGCUAUCAGCUUUUUCGUGUACCACCUGGUACGGCUCAUAAUGUGGGCCGUGCUGGAUUCGGACAUUGAGCUUUUCUUUCUCUCCAAACUGGGCAAACCGAUCUCUUCACUUCGUGGGAAAGUGGUAUGGAUUACCGGAGCGUCAAGCGGAAUCGGACGGGAUCUGGCGAUCGCGCUGGCCAGGCAUGGUGUAAGGCUUUGCAUUUCCGCUCGUAACAUUUCCGAGCUGCUGAAGGUGAAACAGGCAUGUAUAGCACAAUCGAAUGGAAGCCUCGGACCGAACGAUGUGUACGUGCUGGAGAUGGAUAUGUUGCACCUGAAUCACCACAACGACUACUUCAACAUGGUGCUCGAUCACUUCAAAACGGUGGACAUUCUGGUGAACAAUGCGGGGCGAUCGCAGCGUGCCGAAUGGGCCUCGAUCAAUAUCAAAGUUGACCGGGAGCUGUUCGAGCUGGAUGUUUUUGCAGUGGUAAACCUCUCCCGGGUAGCGCUGAAUUUUUUUGCACGCAACUCGAUGAAGGGUCACCUGGUGGUGACGAGCAGUACGGCCGGACUUAUAGGGGCACCGAAUUCUGGAACGUAUACUGGAGCCAAGCAUGCUCUACAUGGAUACUUCGAAGCACUGAGAAACGAAUUCCCCAACGUACAUGUGACGAUGUUCUGUCCCGGACCGACGGCAACGAACUUCCUGCAGGAAUGCUUCACCGAAACACCUGGCGCCAAAUACAACCAAUCGGUACAGCCAACCGAUCGUCGUAUGACGAGCGAACGCUGCGGUCACCUGUAUGCCUUGGCGAUAGCGAACAAAACCCAUCUCAGCUGGGUCGGAACGUUCCCGAUUAACUUUCUGCUGUACAUCGGUUUAUACUAUCCGAACCUGAAACGAGUCUUGCUAAAAAUUGUUGGUAUGGAGCGUCUGCAGCGUGUUCGCGACAGUCGGUGA